CUCCUCGGAGCUGCCAUGGCGAAGAUCCGGGUGUCGUACGAGUAUUCCGAGGCCGAGGAUAAGAGCAUCCGUCUGGGCUUGUUCCUGAUCGCCUGCGGGAUCCUGAGCCUCUUCAUCCUCGGCUUCUGUUGGCUCAGCCCGACGCUGCAGAGUCUCCAGAGCAAACCGGCCAACUGCACGGUGGUGUCGGUGCUGCGUCCGGAGGAGAUGUUCGAGUGUGUGUUCACGUGCGGGGCCGACUGUAAAGGGACGUCGCUCUAUCCUUGUCUCCAGAUCUUCGUCAACAACUCGGAGUCGAACUCUGUGGCUCUGCUGCACUUUGACGAGCAGCAGCUGGUCCUCAACCCGAAGGUACGACAAACGUUUCAGGGUCAGAUGAACGAGCCAGGAAACAUGUGA